AUGGUUGUUUCAGGCUGGCUUUCUGUAUUGACAGCAGCUGCUAUCCCUACACUCAUCUCUGCCAGACCUCAUGAAUUUCGCUCUAUUCAAAAUGGUACCGGAAUCGCUGCCGACGAUUUCGUCUCGAUCGAUGGCUUCAAGCUCAAAGACCGCCAAGGCACAGUCUACCUCACAGGACUGAACUACUGGUCCUGUAUGAAUCUAGCCGCUGAUGACCAUGUCGGAGGCAAUCACUCUCGCUUCAUCACAGAGCUAGACCAAAUGCAGGCUCAUGGCGUCAACCACCUUCGCAUCAUGGCAUCUUCGGAGGGCGCACCAACACAUCAGCCCUUCAGGAUGUAUCCCGCACUGAUGGAAGCUCCCGGCGCAUACAACGAAGCCAUCUUCGUUGGCUUGGACCGCUGCUUAGCCGAGAUGAGCAAGCGAGGUAUGAGGGCCACCAUGACUCUCGCGAACGAAUGGCAAUGGAGCGGUGGCUUCGGACAAUACGUCAGCUGGGCAACAAACGACAGUCAAAUCCCCUACCCUUCGUCCUGGAAUCUGACAGCGGCACCUCAACGUUCGGAACCCGGUACCGGAUGGGGCAAUUACACAGUCGAGGGUGUAGAUGCAGCUCCCUACAGCAACUUCACAGCCUAUGCGAAUCAGUUCUAUACCAUGCCAAAGUGCCAGGAAUGGUACCACGCUCACAUCGACAAAGUCUUGAAUCGAGUCAACACAGUCAAUGGUCGUGUCUACAAGGAAGACGCUACAGUAAUGACCUGGCAACUAGCCAACGAACCCCAACCCGCUGUCGUACCCACAGAGUAUCUCGGCCCUUACUCUCUCGAACUCCCUGCUGCGCCCGAAGACCCCAUCAUCCCAUGGGUCAAGAACAGCAGCACUUACAUCAAGUCCCUCGCCCCCAAUCAACUCAUCAACGUAGGCUUCGAGGGCAAACAAGGAAAAUGGUACUACCAAGCCGUUCACAACUUUUCUACCGUCGACUAUGGCACCACUCAUUGCUGGGUACAGAACUGGGGUGUCUACGACAUGCUGAACUCAUCUUUUGCAAACCUUGACGCAGCGAAAAGUUUUGCUACAGCAUUCGUGGCAAACUCCAGCGAGUGGAGCAGGGAAAUUGGUAAACCAGUUUUCCUGGAAGAAUUUGGAAUGGCCAGAAACAACUGGGAAAAUUUUGGAAAAGAGUAUCCUUAUUUGAGCUCGGCUGGUACUAGUAACAAGGAUAACUACUUUACCACGAUUAUUGGAGCCGCUAUGAAUGACUUCAUGUCGGACAAUGGCUCUUAUGUCGGUACCUGUCCCUGGGCUUACGGAGGAUUGUACCGUCCAGAGACACAGCAUGCGAAUGCAUUUGGCGAGGUCUGGGCUGGAGAUCCGCCUCACGAGGCACCUGGUUGGUACGAUCUGUAUGACACUGAUGAGGCAAUGAACAUCGUGCACCGUCAACAACAAGACAUUGCCGCAUUCUUGAGCAAGAGCCAAUGA